AUGGCGGCCUCGUUCCCGUCUGCCCUGCCCCAGGUCGAGGUGACCUUUGAUGAUGUUGCCGUGCUCCUCUCUCGGGAGGAGUGGGGCCGUCUGGGCCCUGCUCAGAGGGGCCUCUACAGAGACGUGAUGCUGGAGACCUAUGGGAACCUGGUCUCACUGGGAGCAGGACUUGCGGGUCCCAAGCCUGGGGUGAUCUCGCAGCUGGAGCGAGGGGAUGAGCCAUGGGUCCUGGAUGUGCAGGGCGCCAAGGGGAGAGAGCGUCUGAGAGUCAACGGCUCAGCUCAUGGAACCAGGACUGAGUACAAGGAGUUGACCUCAGCAGAGACAUUUGAUGGGGAAGAACUGGACCAACUCAGGGGGACUUUUCCCCAGGCACCUGAGCCAGGACGAGCCCAUGUCAGGGAGCCGGAGGGGAGCCUGGACAAGCCAGCGGGACAGACAGGCCCCAGGCCAGACACACUGAGUAACAAGGAGAGUGGCUGGGAGCCUGGCGAGAGCCUCAGCUUGGGGUCAAGCCCUGUCCCCGAUCAGAGACCUCACAAAUGCGAUGUAUGUGAGCAAAGUUUUGAACAGAGAUCAUACCUCAACAACCACAAGCGUGUGCACAGGUCCCAGAAAACAAGUGUAGUGCGUGAUUCUGGGGAAGUCUUCAAUGUAAACGUGGGUGUUAAUGAAGAUAAAAAAAUUCCUACUGGGAAAAAGUUGCAUUGCUGUGCUCACUGUGGGAAAACGUUCAGGUACAGUGCUAACCUUGUCAAGCACCAGCGGCUUCACAGUGAAGAGAAGCCCUACAAGUGUGCCGAGUGUGGGAAAGCCUUCAGUCAGAGCUGCGAGUUCAUCAAUCACCGAAGGAUGCACUCGGGGGAGAUCCCCUACCGGUGUGAUGAGUGUGGGAAGACGUUCAAUCGGAGGCCCAAUCUCAUGAAGCACCAAAGGAUUCACACCGGGGAGAAGCCCUACAAGUGUGGCGAGUGCGGGAAACACUUUAGUGCCUACUCUUCCCUUAUUUAUCACCAGAGAAUCCACACUGGAGAGAAACCCUAUAAAUGCAACCACUGUGGGAAGGCCUUCAGUGAUGGCUCAAUCCUCAUCCGACACCGUCGGACUCACACUGGAGAGAAGCCAUUUGUGUGUAAAGAAUGUGGCAAAGGCUUUACCCAAAGUUCUAACCUUAUCCAGCAUCAGAGAAUUCACACUGGAGAGAAACCCUAUAAAUGUAAUGAAUGUGAGAAAGCCUUCAUCCAAAAAACCAAACUUGUUGAGCAUCAGAGAAGCCACACUGGAGAGAAGCCCUAUGAGUGUAAUGACUGUGGCAAAGUUUUCAGCCAGAGCACACACCUUAUCCAACAUCAGAGGAUUCACACAGGAGAGAAGCCCUACAAGUGCAGUGAGUGUGGGAAGGCCUUCCACAACAGUUCCAGGCUCAUUCACCACCAAAGAUCGCACCACGGGGAAAAGCCAUACAAAUGCAGUGAUUGCAAGAAAGCGUUCAGCCAGAGCACUUACCUGGUUCAGCACCAGAGGAUCCACACCGGAGAGAAGCCCUACAAGUGCAGCGAGUGUGGGAAGGCCUUCCGGCACAGCUCCAACAUGUCUCAGCAUCAGAGGAUUCACCUCCGGGAAGACUUCUCCAUGUGACUGCAGAGGAGGGUCCACGAGUGCUGAGUCCUGUUGUCCACUUCCACCACGUGCCCCAACCCUGCCCUGCCCUUAUUUAUUGUCCACACUGUUUUCACAGGGUUAAAGGGUAUUUCUGUCUAAUUAAAAUCUUCUUAAAUUAAAA